UUCUGUUUAGAAAGUGGUCAAAUUGUUUUCGUUUGAUGCAAAAUAAAGUCAUCGACUCAUUGCUGUGUCGCAUCACAUGAACAUAAAAGGCUGUUACAAGAUGUUCUCUCCUUUUACGUAGAAUGGUUCGUGCCAGAACACGAAUACGGUACAUGAAUGUUCGAAGUGAUUUGAAACACAACUAUUCCACCAUCUACCUGAUCGGAGCAAGCAGACCAGUUUUACGGUUAGGGACGAUUUAGGCCGACCAAAAUGCGUCGUAUCUCUCUUUUCUCCGUUUUCCUGCUAUUUCUCGCGGUGGCUGUCUCGUCAAGACCUUACGAGAUCACCGGCGAGUUGGAGAAGGCUUUCCAAGAUGCAGAGAACGAUCAAGAACUAGAACUCUUAGAAAGGGAACAAGAAAAUGGUCUUCAGGAAGAAAAGGCGGUUGCUGACGAACUAGAAGAACAUCCAGAGGAAGAGCCUUCUCCCGGUGCACACGAGGCCGACAUCAUGAUGUCACCUAAACUGGAAAAGAUAAUUGAAGAUGGAAAGGAAGACGAAUCUAACGACACAGAGGAGGACGAAGAUGAUUCGAAUGAUGAUGAUGAUGAUUCCGAUGAGGAUGACGAUAAGGAGGAUGAAGAUGAGGAUGAUGAUGAUGAUGAUGAAGAUGACGAUGACGAUGAAGAAAACGACGACGACGAUGAUGACGAGGAAGACGAAGAUGAGGAGGAUGAAGAUGAAGAUGAAAAGGCCAGCAUCCCCAGGCACAGAGUGAAAAGAAUCAGAAAAAAGAGAUCCAUGCAUGGCGACGAAGGCUCUGGAGCUGACAUGUCCGGCCCUGCCGAAGCAGUGGAGUCCAAGGAUGAGGCGGAAUCAAGUGGAGAAUGGGAGAACUCAGUCUUUGCAUCAGCUGGAGCCGUCCAGUCUGAGUCAAGUGGAGACGGGGAAGGCGUCAGCAAAGGACUUAGCGUGGUGGAAGCUGCUGGAUUGGGGUCCAGCGGUGAUGGCAUGGAAGCAGGAGCCAUCAAAGGCGAAUCGAGCGGAGAUGGAGAAGAUUUUAUCCAAGCUUUCGAGGGAUCUGCUACAGCUGGUGCCAUUCAAGCUGAGUCAAGUGGUGAAGGGAUGGUGGAGAGUGAGACAGGUGCCAUCAAAACUGGCACGGAGUCGAGCGGCGACGGCGAAGCUGCUUCUGCAGGAGCCAUUCAAGUUCAACCGGAUUCAAGCGGAGAUGGCUCUGAGAAAACCGCAGAAGUUGGAGCCAUGAAAGACGAAGAUGAUUCGGACUCUAGCGGUGACUGGUUUAUCAUUAAAGUCUCUCCAGAAACCGGUGCCAUCCAAGUUUACCCUGAGUCAAGCGGUGAUGGUUUGGAGAAAGCAGCUGCUGUAAAGGAUGACGAAGACUCUAGCGGCGACGGCUUUAUCGUUAAAAUUUCUCCAGAAACCGGUGCUAUGUUAGUUGAACCAGAUUCAAGCGGUGAUGGUUUGGAGAAAGCAGCUGCUGUAAAAGACGAUUCAGACGCUAGUGGUGACUGGUUUAUCAUUAAAAUCUCUCCAGAAACCGGUGCCAUACAAAUUUACCCUGAGUCAAGUGGUGAUGGCUUGGAGAAAGCAGCUGCUGUAAAAGACGAUUCGGACUCUAGCGGUGAUGGUUUUAUCAUUAAAGUCUCUCCUGAAACCGGUGCCAUCCAAGUUGAACCGGAUUCAAGCGGCGAUGGCUUGGAGAAAGCAGCUGCUGUAAAAGACGAUUCAGACGCUAGUGGUGACUGGUUUAUCAUUAAAAUUUCCCCAGAAACCGGUGCCAUCGAAGUUUACCCUGAGUCAAGCGGUGAUGGUUUGGAAAAAGCAGCUGCAGUUAAAGAUGACGAAGACUCUAGUGGGGACGGGUUCAUAAUCAAAAUCACUCCUGACGCCGGUGCCAUGCAAGUUGACCCUGAGUCAAGCGGUGAUGGCUUGGAGAAAGCAGCUGCUUUAAAAGACGAUUUAGACUCUAGCGGUGACGACUUCAUCAAAAUUUCUCCGGAAGCCGGUGCCAUGCAAGUUGAGCCGGAAUCAAGCGGUGAUGGCUCUGAGAAAACCGCAGAAGUUGGAGCCAUGAAAGACGAAGAUGACUCUAGUGGCGACAACUUUAUCAUCGAAAUCUCUCCAGAAAGCGGUGCCAUACAAGUUUACCCAGAGUCAAGCGGUGAUGGCUUGGAGGAAGCAGCUGCCGUAAAAGACGAUUCGGACUCUAGCGGUGACGGCUUCAUAAGCAAAAUUUCCUCUGAUGUGGAAGCAAUGCAAGCUGAACCUGAGUCAAGUGGCGACGACUCUAGCGGUGACGGCUUCAUGAGCAAAAUUUCCCCUGAUGUGGAAGCAAUGCAAGCUGAACCUGAGUCAAGUGGCGACGACUCUAGCGGUGACGGCUUCAUGAGCAAAAUUUCCCCUGAUGUGGAAGCAAUGCAAGCUGAACCUGAGUCAAGUGGCGACGACUCUAGCGGUGACGGCUUCAUGAGCAAAAUUUCCCCUGAUGUGGAAGCAAUGCAAGCUGACCCUGAGUCAAGUGGCGACGACUCUAGCGGUGACGGCUUCAUAAGCAAAAUUUCCCCUGAAGUGGAAGCAAUGCAAGCUGAGUCGAGCGGUGAUGGCUUGGAGAAAGAUGACGUAGACGCUAGCGGUGACGCUCCUGAUGUUGUAGCCAUGCAAGCUGACCAUGAGUCGAGUGGCGACGACGUAGGAAGCGGUGAUCAAGAACCAACCGCGGAUGCAGGAGGGGCAAAGGAGCAUCAACACAACCCUCAGCAUCACACAGCCGAGCCUGAAGCCGAGGGCCUUCACGACAAUACCGGACAUUCAGGCGACGCCGCCCAUAGUCCUUAGGUCAAUCUAAGGGAGCUAUUGCUGUAACUGUGCCGAAACGGUGUAACUGCGCCGGUAGAUCACAUCAACUCGACCGAGGGCGUCCAUGAAGGCACCGGUCAUUACAAAUACAAUGACGCAAAACAUGACGUCAGCUUUCAGGGGUGACCUUCUAGAAAUAGUACAUAUCUGUUGUAGGGCAUUCACCCCUUUCGUCCCUUCAAAACGUUGCGAAGGAUAAAACACAACUGUAUAUUAAGUUUGAUAGUAUAGGCAGAGAACCAACGCAUAGUCUUGGUGUAAUGUUGUUUUCUGAAGCUGUUAUUCUAUAAGUAAGUAUUCUUGACGUUGCAAUUUUUCCACCAUCCUUUAUUUCAAGGUUGGUCGUAUAAACCGUAGGUCGUGUUAAAAUUGAUGAUAGUCUGACUUGGUAAGAUGAUGUAGGAAUAACGCUCAAAUAGCUAUAAAUAGGUAGUUGAAAAGGUUGUUAUAAAAUCAACACUUUAAGGUGUUUUAUGUUUUAAGGUGUUAUGAGAGUAUGCAAUCGAAGAAACAAACCAAAGUUGAAUCAGCACUAAAAUACUUUUAACAGUAGGAAGUUCGAAAAAGAAAAAAAUCAGCCACUAGCCACGAAUUUCAUGUAUGUAAUCAUCUCCUCUAUAUCUUCUGAAUUUGGUAGUAACAAAGUUUGAAGUUGUGUUUAGGUGUUGAAAGAAUUCGAAUAAAAGCUCAUUUUUUAAGAGUGA